CGCGCUCCUCCCCACGCCGGCUCGAUCCAGCUCGAUCCAGCCGCCCCAGAAAAGUCGUCUGCUUCUGGCCCGCACCUUCCUUUUGGCCCUCCACACCGCCCAACGGAUCCGCUUUCCCGUCGGCUCGACCCUCCUCCGUGCCAACCCGACAUGGGCUGCGUUGCGUCCAAGCCAGCGGCGCCAGAGGCGUCGCAAAAGCCCUCGUACAUCGACCACAACCCCAUGUCCAGCAUGCCGCAGUCGCCUGGCAUGCAGCAUCAACAGCCCCGAAACCAGAUGGAUCGGGACUAUCAGUUUCAUCUGGAGCAGCAGCGAAGGCGGCAGCACCAGCAGAGCCCGACAUACGGCCAAUCGCCGAAUCCGUCCAACAGCCAACUGCAGAAUCUAGACUACAGCCAGCCGCAGAACCCAGGAUACCAUCAGCUGCAGAAUCCGGGACACAACUACCCGCAAAGCCAGCCCUAUGGCCGAACCCAGAAUCUGGCACAUGAACAUUCGGCACAGCUGGGGCAGCUGCCGCCGUCCAACUCCUCACUCCAGAGCUAUGCCGGCCACAUUCCUCCUGGCGCUCACCCGCACCAGAAAGCCAUGCCGUAUGUCAGCGGCGGACAUACAAGCGAUCCGGCAUUCGCAAACCCAUCGGGCCCGCAGGCCAAUCGACAGUAUCCUCCCCAGCCGAUGCAUUCGCUGUCGUCGCCGUCGAUCCUCAACUCGCAGCCAAACCCGACGCCAGCUGCGAGCGUGCUGUCCCAGCAGCCGCCUCAGUUCGAACCCCACCCUGCCCAUAUCUCUACGGCCCCGGUGCAUGGAGACGCCCAUGCCCACGUAAUUUCGCCCAUAGCCGGGAGCGGCCCCACUUCCAGCCCCAGUCCAUCAUGGCUGCAGCACCACCAUGUCCAGGCCCAGCGCGCCAACUCUGCCUCCCCUGUCCAGCAAGCCGCCUUCACUCGCCACAGCAACCAGUCACAUCUCUCCGACUCCAAGACCUUCUUGAACUCCGUUACCCCCGGCCACAGUCCCUCCCCGCGAUUGCAGGCCGACCUCUCCCGGAAGAUCUCGGCCACGUCAAGCAAUGCUUACAGCACAGGGACGCCUCAGUUUAGCUCGGCCACGCCGUCCCCGAAGCUCCCGAACGCCGAGGGAGGAACCUAUCAUCCGGCUCCGGUCAACGGAUACGCGGCACCCGCUCCUUCCUCAACUGAUGCAUCGCAUCUGCGCUCAGCCCAAGAUGUCGCGGCAUCGCCUCGGACCAGGCCAGACCGCCGGGUUGGUCGGCACACCCGCGCCAAAGAGGAGGGUGCCUCAACUGGAACACCUCGCCAGACACACGCCCGUGUCAGCCAUAUGGCCGCUCCUGCUGGCCGAGGUGCUCCCUCGCCGGCGAUGCGCAACCGGCAGUCCCCCAGCAGCUCCACUCCCGUCGAAGUCGUCUCUGUUCGAGCCCAGCAGCCUCACAAGCCAGUGUUCGUUGAGCCUCAGCUCUCGUACGAGUCCGUUUGGGAGCCUCCCGCCGAUGCUACAUAUGCGAGCCUGGCGCGCUCGGAAUUCGAUCCAUUCGAGUUCUACGGCACCAUGUCGAGCAACAAGCGUCAGUCAAUCCAGUCGUUCCGCAUUUCGCAGUACGGCACCAUCGAGCGGCCCGCUCCCGAGGUCGUGCCUCCUGAAACCAGCGACGCGGCCGACGGCGCUCCAAACCCUGGUCCGCCUCCGAAGCGGUACUCGGGCCACCGCCUGAGUUUGCUGUCAAAGUCGCAAAAGCCCAACGCGCCACGUACGAUGAGUGCGCUGAACCCCAUGCGGUCCACAGUCAUCAUUGCACACGAGGUUAUAGUCGAGGAGGAGGAGAUCUACGACCCAUCUCUCCCCAGACCGCUCAAAGGUGCCCCGCCGUCGCGACCACAGACCACCGCCAUCACCUACAGCCAUGACAAUAGCGACGACGACGACGACGACUUUGAGGAGGUGGUGGUGAUCGAGGACGACGACGAAGAGAGUGAGGUUGUUGUGGCCUAUGCCGAGCGGCUCGAGCGUCACCUCCAAGCGAGUCAGACACAGCAGACCAAGACCCCGCUCUGGACCGGUCAGUCGCGCUCACAUUCCCUCGAAGGCCAGCAGAGUCCUCGUUCAGCACGCAGCAAGUCCGACCGCGGCUCAGCCAAGGAUUCGAUUGCAAGCCCGCUCCCGUCUCCUGCGACAGCGUUGCGGGAAUUGCAGCGAGAAGCUCGCCCGCCUGCUCCCCGGCCAGCGAUUUCCGAGCCACCGGUUCUGGCCGUGCAGCCCCUGCCUGAAGCCGAGGCGACACCUGCCCUCAAAUCCCCAGUCGACGAAUUUGCAGCACGCCGUCGCGAGGAGCUGUCACCAUCGCCCGACGAUGCUGUCAAGCAUUAUGGCUCAUCCGACACGUUACUUGGUCCCAGUGAUAGCGAACACGAGUCACACCGCCACGACAGCCAGUACCCAGAGCACGACGAUACCGACGACCAGCACGACGAACCACGGUCCAUUCAACGGCAAUACGGCGACGACGGCCAAGACGAUUACCGUUACGACGACCAUGAUGACCGCUACAACAGCGAUAGCCGGGGCAAUCACUAUGACGACGAGCAGGGCGAUUAUUACGGCGACGUUCAGGGCGGAUACUAUGGCGAAGACGACCAAGCAUACUACGAUGAUGAGUACGACGACGCCUACGAUUAUCCCGAUGCCGACGGCGUAGCCCCAGGCGGUGGUGCAGUCCGGCGGCCGGCAGAUGAUGCUGGUGCGCGGGUCCCCGAACGGUAUGCUGAGGACAUGGACUUUGAGCACGACGACAGACACACCCAUGAACUCGACGACGGCUUUGAUCCCGCUGGUGCCGCUGUGCCAAACAUGGCAGAGCUGCCCCUGUCUCACCCGGACCACUACUUUGAGGACGAGCCCGAGAACCCAUUCUGCGGUUUUUGCGAAGAGGCGAUUGAGGAGCGCCCCAUGUACCUCCUGGGCCGCUGGUGGCACCCACACCACGCCAAGUGCAAGGAAUGCAGCCGCACCAUCGGCGUCGACAACUUUGCCGAGAUCGACAACUUUCUGUACUGCGAGGAUCACUACUAUGAAAUCCACGGCGUCUACCAGGUGCGCAAGGGCGGGCCCAAGAAGAAACGAGCCAGCUUCAUCGAACGCGACCUGGCCGAGAUCACAAAGUACAACACCGUCAAGAAGGUUCGCAACCUGUUCAACUACCAGCGGUCGAUGCGACUCAACAUCAUCACGGUCGAAGAGGGUGGCGUCAGUGCAGGCGGCGUGAGCCAGCCCGCCCAACAGCGCCGCUUCGUGACCAGUUUCCUGGGCCCGCCGUCGGGGCUGGAGCACCUGGACCUCUAGUCGAAAGCGCCUGUGUCGCUGCCGGCGGCGCGUGGGAAAUUCUAUGCUGGAAUCGCGGGUUCUUCUGUUGCAGGUCUUUGCCAAUACAGCUUGUUCUGAUUUCA